UAGUCACUAAUGGUGACCUUUUUGCGUUGGAGUGUGAUACCAGGAAAGACUAGGACAACCCUGGCUGGGUGGCUCAGUUGGUUGGAGUGUCGUCCCAUGUACCAUGUGGGUUCAAUUCCCGGUUGGGUUAGAAGAGAAGAUAAAACGCUUUGAUUUAUGAAGAAUCUGUUCACUAAGAAGUUCAUUAUCAAGCCACUGGUUGAAUUUCCAUCAAUAAGAGAUUAAGUGGGGAAUGGAGAGGAAGGUUGAGUCCAGGUCUUUUAGGGAUGGUGCAGUUAAGAAACCUUAUUCUCCAAAGAUAUUGUCCAAGAAGUCUUCUACUUUCUUUGGGAUCCGGAGUGAGAUACCUCGUUCUAGUCAUCUAUUGCAGUGUCACGCUCGGACCCAAAGGGGCCGAUUAAGAGAAUUGCGCAUCAGAUGUGUGGCCAGGAAGUUCUUGUAUUUGUGGAUUCGGAAAACUUUUGGAAGAGUAUUUCCUUCUAAAGCCAGGUUUUACUAUAAGCAAAGAAUACUACGGAAGGUCUUUGAAGAAUGGAAAGAAGAGUGGUGGGUUUUCCAUCGAGAGUGGAAACUCUGUGUUCGAGCUGACUGUCACUACAGAUAUUACUUGUACAACCUGAUGUUCCAGACCUGGAAGACCUAUGUGCAUCAGCAGCAGGACAUGAGGAACAAGUACAUCAGAGCCCAGGAUCAUGAUGCAAAACAAAAGAUGCGACAGGCCUGGAAGUCCUGGUUGAUCUACGUGGUUUUUCGAAGGACCAAACUUCAGAUGCAGACCACUGCCUUGGAGUUUAGGCAGCGGAGUAUUUUGUGGGUGUGGUGGAGCGAAUGGAGGCGGCAACUGGGACAGAUCCGUGUGGGACACAUUCUCUUUGCCUCAGCUGUGAAGCACAGGGCCCUUAGCCUCCAGCUGCAGGCUUGGUCACGGUGGCAGGAACAGCUCCUGCGUGUCCAGAGGGAGAGACAGAACGUGGUCUCUGCAGUGAAACACUAUCAGCAUUGGCAAAAGUGGAGAUCCCUGAAGGCCUGGCUUGAAUACCUGCAGGUCCGGAGGAUAAAGAGACGGCGAAAUGAGAUGGCUGAGCGAUUGCACCGAGUCACUGUACUUCAGACACACUUCUGUGAUUGGCAGUGGGCCUGGCAGCGGAGGGAGAGCUUGCAUGCUCACCAUGCACAGGUGGAGAUGCUGGCCAGAAGGAUGGUGCUGCGGCAGGUCUUUACUCACUGGAAACACUAUGUGGUGCUGUGUGCAGAAGGAGCUGCUCAGUGGAAGGUGGCAGAAGAGCACUAUAGGCGUAGCUUGCUGCACUUUUGUUUUAGGGCCCUAAGAGACAACGUGACCCAUGCCCACCUCCAACGAAUAAGAAGGAAUCUUGCUCAUCAGCAGCAUGACAUCAUGCUGCUGCACAGGUUCUGGAACCUCUGGCAGUCUCGGAUUGAGCAGAGGGAGGAGAGAGAACAGCUCCCCUUACUGCAAGCAGCCUGGGACCACUACAGAAUAAGAUUGCUACGCAAGUGUAUCAAGCUGUGGUUACAGCAUACUCAGAAGAGGCAAUACAAGCAGUUCUUACAGGCCAGAGCAGAAAGUCACUUCCAGCAGAGAGCCCUGCCCAUGGCCUUCCAGGCUUGGAGAAGACUCUGGCGAUGGCGCCAGCAAGAAAGUGUCCUUAAUGCAAGAGCGGCACGCUUUCACAGGGAGACAUUAGAGAAGCAAGUCUUUGCUAUUUGGUGGCAGAAGAUGUUUCAGCAUCAAGAAAACCGCUUGGCAGAGAGGAUAGCCAUCCUUCACGCCGAGCGGCAGCUCCUGCGAACGUCCUGGUCCAAGUGGCUCCAGCGGGCAGCAGCACAUCUCCAGGAGCGGCAGUGGCGAGCAGUGGCCUGUGCCCACCACCGCCAGGCGAGGCUCAGGGAGGUUUUCUCCAUUUGGAAGAACAGUGCCCGAGGGCUCCGAGCAGAGAAGAUGGGCAGGGUGCUGGCUGCAGAAUUCCACUCAGCACGGCUUCUGCGUUGGGCCUGGAACAGGUGGAGGGAGUGCCUGGCCCUCCGGGGCGCUGAGCAACAGGAGCUAAUGCGAGCAGACCUGCAUCACCAGCACGCCUUGCUGCACAGGGCGCUGCAGACCUGGGGGGUAGGAGCUGCUGUUCCUCCGCCUCCCUUGUCUGCCCCUCUUAGAACAGAGCAAGUACCGUGGACAACUUACCAGAGCCGGGUGCGGAGCAUCCUACAGGAGGUGGCGUCCAGGGAGAGCCAGCACAAGAGGCAGCUGCUGCGGGAUGUGUUGCAUCGCUGGAGAGAGAACACAGUGGCCCACAUGGAGGAAGCAGAGAAAACCUCUCGAGCAGUUGCUCACUACAGAAGGAGCCUGUGUUUCAAGGUCUUGGUCCAGUGGCGGGAGGCCGCGUCAGUGCAGAUAUACUACCGACAGCAGGAGGACUGUGCCGUCAGGGAGGCCCAGAAGGUGCUGGACAGGCGCUGUCUCAGGACCUGGUUUUGGCACUGGCGGGACCGUGGCCAGAGAGCAGCCCAGCAGAGAGCCCAGCUGGAGAGGGCAGCACAGCAUCACCGUCGGCAGCUACUGCUGCAGGGCCUGGACCGGUGGAAGGUGCACCAUCUGGGCUGCAUCAGGAAGAGGCUCCUGCAGAGGCAGGGCGCCCGACUCCUGGUCCAUACACUCGUCCGGUCCUGCUUCCUCCAGUGGAGACAACAGCUGGUGAACAGGAGGCGGGAGCAGCAGGACACAGCCCGGGCCCUGUGGUUCUGGGCCUUCUCGCUACAGGCAAAGGUGUGGGCUGCGUGGCUGGGCUUUGUGCAGGAGAGGAGGAGGAAGAAGGCACGGCUGGAGCGGGCAGUGCAGACCUACCACCAGCAGCUCCUCCAGGAGGGUGUCAUGCGCCUCCUGCGGUUUGCAGCUGGCAUGAAGGCCCUCCGGCAGCAGCUGCAUUGCCAGCAGCAGGUGCAGGCAGCCCACAGUCUCCACCGGGCAGUACAUCGCUGUGCCAUGCUCUGGAAAAGGAAGGUGCUGGGCCCAGGCAGGGGGCCUCAGCCUCCCACAUCCACCAUGCCCAGGAGAGUGACAUUCAAGGGUCCCUUUCCCGACCGCAUCACUGCUGGUGCUGGGGAUGCCGCCCUGGAGACCACGAGGCCACGAGCUCCUCGUGGGCCACUGGGAGCUCUGGGCAGCCUGGCGCCGAAUGCCGGGGACCCCCAACUCCUGGAGCUCAAUGCUGUCCGCUCAGCAAGGAAGCAGCCACGACGCCCAAACUUCUUGCUGGAGCCCUUGCAGAGCCGGAGGUCCCUGGGGUGUGGCACCAUCAGGGGGCAAGGGCCUGAGACACUGAGGGAGCAAGGCCUAGGCAUGGCCCAGCCAGCAGGCCCUUCCCUGACGAGGCCCUUCCUGGAAAAGACUCAGACAGUACUGGUCCCCAGUAGCUCCCUGCCCCAGGCUGGGGCCCUGCCAAGUGCCCCUGGCCGGAAGCUGUCCCCCAUGGCGAGUGCAGGCCCAGAGCUGCUGACCCCUUCCUCCUUCAUGCCCUGUGGAGUGGACGCACCCACUAGGGCAUCAACAUCACUGACCUUCCCUGGCCUUACGCCCCAGGCUCCUCUAUCCCUAGCCUGUCUCCCUAAUCCCCACCUGCUCCUUCCUGGAGACCUCACAGGCCCCCGGCUUGGGCCUGGCUCUGAAGCUGCAGGUGUGUACCUGAGGUCUGGCAGCACAAGCAUUCAGCCCACUCCCAGCACCUGGGCGCCCUCCUUUCAGCCUGGGCCCAGCUGGGAGAGUGGUCAAGAUCAAGCUUCUCCUGUUGCCAUGGGCCACACUGACCUGGAGGCUGAGCUUGAGGGCAUCCAGUGGCAAUUGCAAGACUACCAGAGCAUGAAGCAGAACCUCUGGUCCUACCAGCGGCAGGCAAGCAGCCUACGCCAGUGGCUGGAGUUGAGCCGGGAGGAGCCCAGGCCUGAGGACCAGGAAGCUGAGCAGCAGGUGCAGGAAGAACUGCAGGAGGUGGAACUGCAGAUCCAGCAACUGGCUGUGGAGCUCCAGGCCCGGCGCCAGCCCAUCAAAACCUGCAUCUCCCGUGUGCAGGCCCUGUACCAGAACCAUCACCCACUAGGGAGGUCUCAGCCCACCUCCAGGAACAGAAUGCAAAGCUAA